CUCGCGAGAGUUCGAUGCCUUGGCUCUACUUGAUGGUUCAAUGAGGAGCACGUUGGAUCUUUGUAAUUAAAUAGAAUAUUUUAAUAAUACAUAUAUAUAUGCAGAGUAACUAGUUCUUUGCUAGCGAACAAUCUUACAUUUUCCAGCUGAAUAUCACUACACGACGAAAAUGAGUUUGCUUGCAAAAAUUGCGGAAAUCGAGUCUGAGAUGGCCCGCACUCAGAAGAACAAGGCCACUGCUCACCAUCUCGGGUUGCUGAAGGCCCGACUGGCCAAGCUGAGGAGGGAACUCAUUACACCCAAAGGGGGCGGCGGCGGUGGAGCCGGCGAAGGGUUUGAUGUGGCGAAGACCGGAGAUGCCCGUAUCGGGUUUGUGGGUUUCCCAUCCGUUGGCAAGUCCACGCUGCUAAGCAACCUGGCAGGUGUGUACUCCGAGGUGGCAGCCUAUGAAUUCACCACCCUCACCACCGUCCCCGGGGUCAUCCGCUACAAGGGAGCCAAGAUUCAGCUGCUUGACCUUCCUGGCAUCAUCGAGGGAGCCAAAGACGGAAAAGGCAGGGGCCGGCAGGUCAUUGCAGUGGCUCGAACCUGCAACCUCAUCCUGAUCGUGCUGGACGUGCUGAAGCCGCUUGGUCACAAGAAGCUGAUCGAGCACGAGCUGGAGGGCUUUGGCAUCCGGCUCAACAAGAAGCCGCCCAACAUCGGCUUCAAGAAGAAGGACAAGGGCGGCAUCAACUUCACCGCCACGUGCGCCCAGACCGAACUGGACGGAGAUACAGUGAAGAGCAUCCUCGCCGAGUACAAGAUCCACAACGCCGACAUCACCCUGCGCGGCGACUGCACGGCUGAUGACCUCAUCGACGUGGUGGAGGGCAACCGCGUGUACAUCCCCUGCAUCUACGUGCUGAAUAAGAUCGAUCAGAUCUCCAUAGAGGAGCUGGACAUCAUCUACAAGGUUCCGCACUGCGUCCCCAUCUCCGCUCACCACCGCUGGAACUUUGACGAUCUGCUGGAGAGGAUCUGGGACUACCUGCAGCUCGUGCGCAUUUACACCAAGCCCAAAGGCCAGCUUCCUGACUACACGGCACCCGUCGUGCUUCCAGACGAGAAGACGGCCGUGGAAGACUUCUGCCUGAAGAUCCACAAGAACCUCAUCAAGGAAUUCAAAUAUGCUCUGGUAUGGGGGAUGUCUGUGAAGCACAACCCCCAGAAGGUGGGCAAGGACCACGUCCUGGAGGACGAGGAUGUCAUCCAGCUCGUCAAGAAGUAAAGGAAGGGAUCUGAACCCAGCUCCACCCGUACCACGAUCCAGAGCACCACCACCACCACCACCCAUACCCCAGAACACCCGCCAUGGGGCUUCCCAAACUCCACCCUGGAGCCCCCCCCUGUGGAUGCUGGUUUUCCUUUGGCUUUCAGUUGCUUUGGCGCUGUUGAUUUACAGCAGCAUCCCCUGAAUUGUGACAGGCUGUUAAUUGUUUUCAGCUAGGCACGUCUAAUGUCUAUUGAGGGGGAGAUUUAAACACCUGUUCAGUUCAAUCUUGGAAUUAAUCUUGGAUUGAAUUGAUGGGUGCCAGCAGAACCAGCGUACACAGGGCAUCCCUUCAUUCCAAGAUUGGGAAGCCGUGGCAUAGAUGGCACCAUGAUUUGAGGACGUUUGGGGUUCAUACGCAGGAGUCAUAAUGGUAAAUAUGUAUGCUGUUUGCAUUCAUGAUGCUAGUUUAAUCUCGCAUGGACCUUGGAGAGAAGGAGUGAAAUCUAUUCUGAAAAUAAUUUUUUAAAUAGAAAUGAGUCAGAUUUUGAUGAUCAACUGACUUGGGAAGAAGCCUGUCUGGAAAAAUAAACUGCAUAAAAUGGUCCUGUCAGUUGUAAUUUAAAUGGGCAACUGGCACCAUGACUACUCUUCUUACCAGAGAGGUCAGUGAUAAUUCUUGUUCACUGAUGGUACAAUGAGCGUUGUUUAUCUAAUGAACGGCAGGGUUAAGCCUGAUUUUUGUAGUCCAUGAUUAUAGGAGGCCUUUUCCCGUUGUAUUAUAAUAUAUUUAUGCCAAAAUAAACCAGGCCCAAUGAGAUCUCUGGUAACUGCGAUCAAAGUAAACCAAAAUGUUUCUGAGCAUUAGCAAAUGUCUUUAGACAAAGGCAUGCCAACCCCAUAGAAGUUUAGGAUUUAAAUGUAUGAAAAGGUAUUUCAGAGAAACUAUUUGCCUCAGACACACCUGUACAGGUGGAGCUCAUCCUCAACUGUAAAUGUAAAAUAAAUUUGAAUGUUCAAAACGA